UUCGGGUCCAUCGGAGGCUGCGAGCAAGUUCAUUUCUGCAGGUUUGACUGAACUUCGACGACCCGCAUCUCCCGCCGCGUCCCCGGCUCCACCGCGCACGGACCAUGUUGAUGAAGGAGUACCGCAUCUGCAUGCCCCUCACCGUGGAGGAGUACCGGAUCGGCCAGCUGUACAUGAUCAGCAAACACAGUCACGAGCAGAGCGAGCGCGGCGAAGGCGUGGAGGUGGUGCAGAAUGAGCCCUACGACGACCCGGAGCACGGAUCGGGACAGUUCACCGAGAAACGCAUCUACCUCAACAACAAGCUUCCCAGUUGGGCCCGAGCCGUCGUCCCUAAAAUUUUCUAUGUCACAGAGAAGGCUUGGAAUUAUUAUCCGUACACCAUCACAGAGUACACGUGUUCCUUCCUGCCCAAGUUCUCCAUCCACAUAGAGAGCAAGUACGAGGACAACAAAGGGAGCAAUGACAACAUCUUUGGAAGUGAGCCCAGGGAAGAAGAGACAGAGGUGUGUUUCGUGGACAUCGCCUAUGACGACGUCUCCGAGCGGCACUACAAGGAGUCCGAGGAUCUUCGGUAUUUUAAGUCCAAGAAGACUGACCGAGGGCUCCUGCCGGAGGGAUGGAUCGACACCCAAGAUCCCAUCAUGUGCUCCUAUAAACUGGUCACUGUCAAGUUUGAAGUCUGGGGCCUGCAGACACGUGUGGAGCAGUUUGUGCACAAGGUCAUUCGAGAUGUUCUCCUUCUGGGACACAGGCAGGCCUUUGCAUGGGUGGAUGAGUGGAUUGACAUGACCAUGGAGGAGGUCAGAGAAUACGAGCGAGCCACACAGGAAGCCACUAAUCUGAAGAUUGGCACCUUCCCCCCUACCAUCUCCAUCUCCGAGACCCCGCUGCCGUCUAGCACCCGCAGCGGGCCCAACAGCGCCCCGUCCACCCCGCUCUCCACCGAAGCCCCCGAGUUCCUGUCGGUGCCAAAGGAGCGGCCCAGGAAGAAGUCCGCCCCGGAGACGCUGACCCUGCCCGACCCGGGCCGCCGGGACUCGCUCUUCAAGCUGCCCAGCUUCUUCUCCUGGAACUCCAGCCCGCAGCCAGAAUGAGAGCCAGCCUGCGCCGACGCCGGGAAACUCCCUCCAUGCGUGGAUCAGCGAAGGAUGCCUGCCCAGCACAUCCCACAAUGCCCCACCCUCCUCCCUCCCCCCGCCGUCAGCCAGCUGGAGUGAAGAAGACUUUACACUGUCCUGGUGGUCCCAGUCCCUCAGCAGACUCACCGGUGUUACAGCAGAAGCAAGCAGCUCUCAGGCUGCCCUCACAGGUUCAGGCCGCUCAGCCUGCUUUUCACAGCUACAGGUCCAGUGACGUGUGUAAGUAUAGAUAGUCCAAGCAAGAGUCCAAGCAAAGCCGUUUCAAGCUCCUCGUCUUCUUCUGCACCGAUCAGUACAGAGUCCAAGCAGCCUGACUGACUGUAGCAAACAUUCCUGACAAUGUUUCAGCCUCACCUUGUUUUCGUUCAAGCUCAGGGUGUGUUGACGAGACAUGUAGACAUCCAGCCACUGCACAUAAACCUUACAUGUACAGAAUUUCUUUGUUUCUCUUCUUUCUAAACAUCUCAGUCUCCGGCUUUGUUACUUGGAGCUCGUGGUUUGAUUUUAUGUGGUUGGGACUUUUCGAGAGAUUCUUAUUGAGCAACGUAACCGUCGAGUCUUCUGGAUUUUCACAGUCAGUUGUGAGGUGAUUGUGUCUUCUUGUAUAUACUGUUAUAUUUAACACACGAAAACGCCAGUACUUCUGAGAGAGAGUACCAUGUCCAGUGAUGAAGCUGCUAUGAAAUUUCUAUGACGUAUUUUACCAGCGAGGACUCGAUCGUCUAUGCUUGUUUAUACUGGGUUCUGUAAGCAUCGGUGUCUUCAUGUAGGAGCAUGACUUUGACUGUCCGACUUUUAAAUAUUGGUGCAAUGUUUUCUUUGUUAUCUCAGCCUCAUACUUGAUGUUGUGUUUUUCCACAGUUUCUACAGACUGUUUGCAUGGUGUCAUUUUGCUGCUAUGUUCACUUCAACCGUGUUCAUUUUCAGUCAGAACUAUUGUUGGGUUUUGUGUUCGGUAAAUAAAAUUGACUACUGGUGCAUCUGUAACUGUG